AUGACUCUGAUCGAAGCUCUCUACGGCCGUGCUGAUUCUCGUCUUUCCCUUAAUCCAGAUCUUCUCCAGCAUCUCCGAAACAUCUCAAUGACAAAAUUUCUCGAAGACACUCAUCCCCUCAUGCAUAUCAACUACAGUUCUUUCUCAUUUGGAACUGAGGAAAUUUCCGUAAAAGAAUGGAAAGUCAUCAAGACAAAAAUUGGCCUCUGCCUCCAGUUCGACAUUCGCGAAGUGAUCACGAGCCAAAACCGCACUUUUGGGCUCAGUGACGUUUUCUCCCUCGGCGUGAUGGUGAUCACUAAUGAAUCUGACGCGACUUACGGCUGGUUUGGGUACAUGCGAGGCAUUAACGUCUAUUACAACUACAAAGACGACCUCGUCGAAGAGGAUGAAAACUCUCUUUCCCUUUCUCAUCAGCUCUCUCCCACCGUCUUUUUCCAACUCCAUCGAAAUUCUUUUCUCGCUCACCCUUACGGCAGCUGCACUAAGCGCCAGAAUCUCCAGCAUCACGGAGAAGAAGAAGAUUCGACGGCAGGUCACGUGGUCAAGCGAGGCUAUUGCAUGUCCCGAGCGUUUUUUCAGUGGAUUUACGACUUUUGCGAUUGCUUUCCUGUUCAUAUGACCGAUCUCGAAUUCAAGAUAAAAAUGAAGAACGGAAGCGAGGUUCAUUCCGAAUUAUUGCGAGUUUGCGACAUGCACGAUGCUGUUUUCUGCGUGUCAAAAGUGAUCGAUUCGAACGGCCCUGACUUGGACCAAGAUUGUGAAAAACCAUGUGAUAGUUUUCACUUUCGCCAGACUCAUAUCAACUACCGUGUGCCUCCUCUCGUCGGAGUUUUUGAUCGAACAAAGCUUCAAAUGACAACAGCUGUGUUCAAAACUGCUUCAAAUACGAUCAAAAUUACAGAACAGACCCCAGCUUAUAAGCGAAAUCAACUGGUUUCCGACAUUGGUGGAACAUGCGGGCUGUUUCUUGGGCUGAGCGUUUUGAAAGUCGUCAUGGUCACAAAAGACUUUUUGACGAAAAAACUCAACGUUUACGCCUAUCGAGCAAUAAAAAUGCUAAAAAUCAAGCAUGCCGAAAUCCAAAAACGCCGAGCUGCUCGUUCAAAUAUUCGCGAAAUCGCCACUUCUCCUUACCGUUCCCCAAAUACUGAGAUUUCAUAUGCUGAUUCAAAGUUCUUCGACUCCUAUAUCAAGGACAACUGA